CCCAAUCGCAAGUUUAUCAUCGAAUGGAAUGCACCUACACAAUCCCAGAGUUGGUACAACGCGUCUGGCUGAACAGGGGUGUCUGUCGUAAUUGGCAGCCCACCCCGCCUCAGGAAAGUCAAGCUUUCUUUGUCUUAUCGCCUAUCAAGUGUGACGGAUGAACAGGGGAGCUACCAAAAAUCUUGCCCACGUCCCGAUUAUACCUGCAGCUUUUGGAACGAAGAGGCAGCAAAAUACCUGUUUAGGCCGAUUUAUAAGCACGCAAGCAACGAAAAAAAAAGCCAAGGGCGGAAGAGCGCCCGAAAGGUCGAUUGCUACAAGGGGAUUUAUAAUCAAUAAAGCCACACCAAACCCGCGGAACGACCGACAGAACCACACCAUCAUGGCAUCCUCCUCCCAGGGCGUCCUACUGUCGCCCGCCGAGCUCGCAUAUCUCCACGACUCCCUCUCCCUGACGCCUCCGAUCCGGCCAGAUGGCAGGACCGCGACGCAGUUCCGUCCCUUGACCGCCGAGACUGGCAUCCUGCCGGGAACCAACGGCAGCGCGCGCAUCUGCUUUGCCGACGGCACCGAGGCCAUAGUCGGCGUCAAGGCUGAGGUCGAGAAGACGCGUCUGGCUUACAACCAUGGGGAGGAGGGUGCAAAGCUGGUUGCGGCCACGGCGGCAGCGGCCAACGAUGACGAGGACGGGGCAGAGUAUGGGCAAAGAGCGGGACGGUCAGAGUGGGUGGAGCUUUCGGUCGAGAUCCCCGGCCUGAGAGACGACGACGCCAACACCAUCUUCCUUUCGGAAAUGUUGAGCGAGGCUCUGCUGGCCGACGGAGAAUUUGCGAAGAAGCUUUGGAUCAACAGCAGGUUUCACUGGAAGCUGUUCUUGGACAUUAUACUGAUAUCUCCGCCGCUAUCCUACCCUCUACCUUUGCUGUCCCUUACUACGCACCUUGCACUGCUGGCUACAAGGCUACCACGCCUCAAAUCUGAAGGCGACGAGGACCCUCUUUUCGAUGACGAUUGGGACGUCUCGCCGUUCCUGUACUCACGCCAAAAGACAGCCGAGAGUGCUGCAAGCUCUCGGCCGCCAGUCACGCUUCUAGUGACUGCUGUUGGCGACAACAUCGUAUUCGACCCAUCCAAGGAGGAGCUUGCAGUGGCAGACGUAGCCAUCGCCAUUUCAAUCACCGAGGCAGCAGUGACGGCAGCGAAUUCUCUGGACGAUAUGGACGUCGACUCAGGGGCGGUGAAGCCCUUGAGCAUUGGAGCCCGGAAUCUCCGCCUGCUUUCCAUCCGCGUCAUCGACCCUCCUUCAAGGUUGACGCCCUCCGGAGCAGCAGAUGAUACAGCUGUAGACACCGCUGUCGCCAACACGAUUGCCGCGCCUGCUUUGGCGCCCCAAAAGCAAACAGAGGGCCGGAAUACAGAUACUGAAGCAGUGGAGGGUGUCUGGAAACCGCCAAGAGGAGGAACAAAGUUGGCCGUCAUGAAUGCUAUUGUACAAAAGGUGCUAGAGAAGGGAGGUGUGGCUGAUGAAGUCUUGGACGCCCUCAAGGCUGUAGAGCUGUCAUGAGAUUAUAGUGUUGCAGGUAGAAAAGUUGACACGCACUCGAGCAGUAACUACUCGUAGUGUGAGGGUGGGCAGAACUGUGUACUACUCACUGGAGGCGCGACGUAUCUGGCGCCCCUUCUCAGAAGAUACCCAAAAUCUUUUUCCUCGGCUCGUUGUCUUUGUUCUCCUGUGAAGAAGCCUCGACGGCCUUUUGCUGAUCAGGCGAUGCAGCGCUGGCGGUGGCAGGUGCUUGUUGCUCUUCAGGGUCCACCGCGUCAGCCUUGAACCAUCCAGCAACGCCUUCCGACUCGUCGAUGCCGUGUGCCUUGCGGUAUCUCCUGCGCUUCAGCACAUCGU